AUGAUAGCUAUUGAAAUGGGAGCUGUAGUGUCGUUGCCGAUAGCAGCUGGUACUGCUGCGAUGUCUACUGUUGCAUCUUGUUGCGGAGCUGCUGCAUGUACUGCGUUGUGCAGUUCGAUUGGGGGGACUUUUACGUCCUCCAUUAUGACAAGAUUGACAUAUGCUUUUAUGCUUUUAGUUAACUCCCUUUUAUCGUGGAUAGCAUUAUCGCCAUUUAUAAUCAACAAAUUGGAGAAGGCAACUUUUGGCUUCAUCAAUAAAAAGUGUGGACCAGAUGGUAGUCAAUGCAUAAGUUUCACGUCUGUUCAUCGGAUUAAUUUCUCAUUGGGACUUUUCCAUUUAGUAUUAGCAGGACUUCUUGUUGGUGUUAAAUCUACAAAAGAUCCUAGAGCUAUUAUUCAGAAUGGCCUUUGGAAAGUAAAGGUAUUUGGAUGGCUUGCAUUAAUAGCAGUUAAUUUCCUUCUUAUUCCCGAUGGAUUCUUUGUCUUUUAUGGGAAUCAUAUUGCCAUUAUUUUCUCCACCAUAUUCUUAGGGAUUGGAUUGAUUUUGUUGGUCGAUUUUGCUCAUGCCUGGGCUGAAACAUGUCUUGAAAAGAUUGAAAUGGAAGAAUUAACAGGUGAAGGAGAUGCUUCUCUUUGGAAGAGGUUUCUUAUCGGUGGUACACUUUCUAUGUACUUGGCCAGUAUUGUUAUGACAGUCGUCAUGUAUUGGUUUUUCGCUGGAGACGGAUGCAAUAUGAAUAAAACAGCAGUUACAUUGAAUUUGUUAUUUUCCUUAGCAAUUACAUUCAUGUCUAUUAACCAACAAAUCCAAGAAUCGAACCCUCAAGCAGGAAUUGCUCAAGCAUCCAUGGUUGUGGUGUAUUGUACUUAUUUGAUAAUGAGUGCUGUAGCCAGCGAGCCAGAUGAUAAAUAUUGCAACCCAUUGGUUAGAUCUCGUGGAACAAGAACUGCUUCAGUUGUUUUAGGGGCAUUUUUCACGUUUAUUGCUGUAGCAUAUACCACCACAAGAGCUGCUGCCAAUAAUGCUAUUAGUGGAGGAGCCCCAAUGGAAUCUAUUGACAAUAAUUCAACAUCAGAAGUGAGUGCUAGAAAUGAAAUGAGAUACCAAGCAUUAUUACAAGCUGUAAAUGAAGGACUGUUACCCGAAAGUGCCUUAUCUCAAGCCAAUUUAUAUGGUGAUGAAGAUGAAGAUUAUGAAGAAGAGGAAAGAACAAGAGUCAAAUAUAAUUAUGCCCUUUUCCAUAUAAUCUUCUUUUUGGCAACUCAAUACGUGGCUACUUUGUUGACUAUAAAUGUGAAACAAGAUGAUCUAGGUGAUUUUGUUCCUGUUGGCCGUACUUAUUUCUCUGCUUGGCUCAAGAUUGUCAGUAGUUGGGUGUGCUACUUGCUAUACGCUUGGAGUUUAGUUGCUCCUAUGAUAUGGCCAGAACGGUUUGGGCUACUGUUGUAA